AUGCUAGCUGUAACCAUGAGUCAAAAGGUGUCUCGUAAGACUAUAAGUGAAGACAAAGAUAAGAGGAGUACAAACAGUCCAGUAAAAGACAUGAAAAAGAAGGUGGCCGCCAACGCGGAGAAAGAGAAACUAGCUGCUGCAGAGAAAAACGAAAAGGCAGAGAAGGCACCUGAGAAGAGCGCAGAAAAAACAACAGAGAAAGCUGACAAGUCAGAAAAACAUGAUAAGAGCACAGAUAAGAAAUCGGAAAAGAAAGAUCAUACAGAAAAGAAGAAUGACAAACCUGAACAGCUAGCGGAGAAGAGUAAAGAGGAUGGUCAUAGUAAAGAAGAUAAAAGUGGGAAGUCAGAAAAAGAAAAACCUGAAUCGAAAAAAGCCGAGCCUUCAAAACAGAAACAGAACGGCAGAGAUCGCGUGCACAACGGAGUAUCAGACGUGACGCUCGGCAACGGGACUGAUGACGUACUCAAUGGAACGGUGAGUGCGGACUCGGAGGACGAUGACGCCAUGCUCGUCAUCGACGACCAUGAUGAGCUGUUCCCGGAACUGACGUAUGACGACACUUCGGACGUGGAGUGUUUUGAACCGCCGACUCCGGAGAGUGUGCCGAGCCGAAGUUUUACCAGGCGAUCUCAGGUGAAGGCCACGCGCACGCCGGAGACGCCGCGCCCCGCCUCCGACAAGCUCGCAGACACACCGCACGACGAGCCAAAGGAUUCGAAGCUGUUAAAACUGAAAGAAGAUGCUCCUCUCACAGAUAGAAAACUACGUUCAUCAGACUCUCCCAAACCACAGGAAACAAAGAAACAAGAUAAACAAGACACAGACAAAAAACAGGAGUCUGACAAAAAAGAGGAAUCUGGUAAUGAUCAAGAUUCUGAAAAGAAGGAAACAGACAAAGAAGCAGGUAAAGAUGUAGUUGGAGACAAGAAUGCAGAAGACGUUAAGAAGCAAGAAGAAAAAGUGGAAGUGGUGGAAGUCGUUAUAGAAGUUGAAUCUAAUGACGGCGAAGAGGUGCAGCGCAAGACUGACACGAACUACUCCAAGUCGCGCGUCAAGGUGUCUCCGUACAGACGCAGCAUGCGGCUAGCCGACCAGACCAACACUUCCGUUAUGGCCAAUUAUACUGGAAACAACACAACAAUGGAGAUGGACAUCUCGGAGUCCUCUUCGACACUGGAGGAGAGCGCGCUGGACGACAGCUCGUACCUGCGCGGGUUGCGCAGCAUCCGCGGGCGCUCGUCCUACAAGCCGCUCAAGGAGAUGAACUUCAAACACGUCGCCAAUAGGAGCGUGCGCUCCAACACCAGUAUUACCUGUCCGGCGGAGCAGUCGCGGCCCACGGGCACGGUGGUGGGGCGCAAGCGUAAGCCGGACGAGGCGGCGGGGGCGGCGGGGGCGGCGGAGGCGGGCGGCAAGCGCCUGCGCGUGCUGGAGCGCCUCGAGCGCCUCGCCGAGCCGCUGCGCCGCGUCGCGCACGUCGCGCUGCCCGCCGCGCACCGACGCAACGCUGAGAUCGUGGGCAUCAACACCGACCUGCCGCUGUCGGCGCCGGUGGCCACGCCCGACACCUUCGACCCCGAGUCGCUGAAGGGCGCCAUCCCCCCUCCCGAGGUGCCGGUCGCCGUCCCCCUCGGCGCCCCCCCUCAGGCCUCCGACAACAAACGGUGUAUCGUCAUGUAA